AUGCCGGAAGCUGCCGCCAUGGGGCGACGUUUUGUCGCAAUCCCCAACAUCGACAUUGGCCUCAGUCCGCGACAUUUCCUUGGCUCCCCGCCACAGCAGCUCAGAGAGCGGCAGGACAUCGUCGUAUGCCCGAAGCCAAAUUCCCACCGAUGCGAUGAUACGGGCUUCCCAAAUGACUGCUGCCUCGACACCGAGUUCUGCUUCGUCGAUAACAACUUCAAUUCUAGUUGCUGCGCUAUCGGGAAUAACUGCGCGUCGGUGAAUAUAUGCACAGAUACCGCAUUUUUCUACUGCCACACCACCUCCACCAUCACCGCUGCCACCACCUCUCCCACUCGCAGCGUCUCAUCUGGCUCCUCCAUAACCUCCCCCCCGAACCCCAACAUUACUGUCUUCCCAGCCUGCUGUCCGCGCCCUUGCUCCGCCGCUUCCGCAUACCAAUGUCCCGAGUCCCUCGGCGGCGGAUGCUGCUCCCUAGGCUAUAGCUGCCUCUCCAACGCCUGCUAUAAAAGCAUUCCCACCACCUCUAGCACAACCAGCAGCUCCGUCCCCUCCUGCCCCACCUCCGAUAUCCCCUGCACCGACGACGUCGGCGGCUGCUGCAACUCCGCAGCCCACUGCACCAUGCUGGAGUCCACAGGCUACUGCGCCACCGGCUCCGCGGCCCCUACCGAGCGGCGCAUAGGAGGUACUUCAGGGAACAACGUAAUCGAGAAACCUCGCGGCGGGGGCGGCCUGAGUAGCGGCGCGAAAGCGGGAAUAGGCGCGGGUGUAGCGAUUGGGGCGUUACUGGUGAUCGGGGCGGCGGUGUGGUGGUGGAUCUCAAGGCGCCGACAGGCAGGUGGGAGUGCACCGCGGGGAAGUGGGCGCGGGAGCGGGCCAUGGGGGAGUGCGCAUGGAGGGACGGAAACGGUGGUCUCGAUGCAGCAAGGGAGUACGCCUGGGGCGCCGGACAUGGCGGGGAGAGGGACGGAGGAUUACUUUGGGCCAACGGCGGGGAUUGGGCCGUUUACGGGAGCGGAGGGGGCAGGGGCGGCGAGAAGUGGUGCGGUGCCGGUGAGUCCGAAUCAGCCGGGGGAUAUCCAGCCUGCGGUUGAGAUUGGAGAGGCGUUGGGACGACGGACGCCUGUGAGCCCGGGACCUAGUACGCAGCACGAGUACUGGAAGCAUGGGGCGAAGACGGUAAAUGAGCAUGUUGAGUUGGAGUGA